AUGAAUUUUAAAUAAAUUAAAAAUUUUUCUGAAAAAAUAGUAAGUAUGGGUAAUCAAUAACAAAAAUAAAUUCAAAAAAAAAAACAAACUUUUAGAAAUCCAAAGGAGCUUUUAAAAUCUAGUCAAUAAACGCUCUCUAACAUUUGCAUUAACCUUAAUAAAAUAAAAUUCAAUUGGGUGAAGUUUAGAUUUGAAGAAAAAAGCUUUUAAGAGUUACAUUUCGACUUAUCUAAUUGUAUUAAUCUCUAAAUUUUAGAGCUGAACUUCUUUUCAUUUCAAUUUUAGAGAGAUCCUGUAAAAAUUCUAUCCUCUACUUUAAAAACAUGUUGUAAUCUGUCAGCUUUAAUAAUAAAUUUAAGAUAAAAUUAUGUUAGCAAUUAAGGGAUAAAAGAGCUUAAUUCAGCAUUAGUUGAUUUUACUGUUCUUUAGACUUUGAUACUUGAUUUAAGUAAUAAUUAUAUUUCUGACUAAGACUUCAUAGAAUUAAGCUCUGCCAUACAUAGCUGUUCAAAUCUUUAAAAUUUAAUUCUUGAUCUUAGCGGAAAUUAUAUUGUUAAUAUAGAACAAAGCAUUUCAUGUAUAGCUAAGUGUUCGAAUCUUAUAAAUUUGAAACUCAACUUCAGUUAUAAUAAGGAAACAAAUCUCAUGUAAUUAAUAAAUCUAGGGUCUCAUUUUGUAAAAAAUUCAAGUGACCUUCAAACUUUGAACCUAAAAUACGAGACUGUUAGCUCAUUCCAUCUUAAUUUCCUUGAUCAUUUUCCCUUUUAAUAUACCUAGUCUGAAAAUUCAUAUGGGCUCACUGAAAAAUUUACACCUAGUUUUAAAAAAAUAAAAAAGUUAAUAUAGUUAAAAGUAGUGAUUAAAGUGUAUCCAGAUUGA